AUGGACGACACCACGCAGCCCCGAGCAGGGCAAUACUCGGAAGAUAAACACCAGACCGACAACAGCUCUAGCUCCCACCCAUCACCUUCAACGUCCGUAAUAUUCGACACAUCCGACGAAGACAUCGAACAAAAUGCCUCGACAAAAGAAGCCUCCAAGACCUCCCCUGCUGACGCCGACGAACCACCACCAGACGGCGGCCUGCAAGCCUGGACGCAAGCCUUCAUGGCACACCUCGUCGUCGUGAAUACAUGGGGCACCAUCAACUCCUUCGGCAUCUUCCAGACCUUCUACCGCGACUACCUCUCCCGGCCGGCGUCAGACAUCAGCUGGAUCGGCUCGAUGCAGGUCUUCUUCCUCUUCGUCGUGGGCGUCUUCACCGGACGGCUCACGGACGCGGGAUACUUCCGCACCGUCUUCGGCAUCGGCUCGGCACUCGUUGUGCUCGGCAGCUUGACCGCGUCCUUCGCAACGGAAUACUGGCAGCUGUUCCUGUCCCAGGGGCUCUGCAUCGGGCUCGGGAUGGGCGGGCUGUUUUGCCCGGUCAUGGCUGUUUUGUCGACGUACUUCAAGCGCCGGCGGAACCUGGCUAUUGGAAUUGCCAUCAGCGGCUCGGCUACGGGAGGCAUGAUAUAUCCGGUCAUGGCGCGCCAGCUCUUGCCCAAGAUUGGUUUCGGGUGGACGAUGCGGGUGAUGGCGUUGGUGCAACUUGUGACUUUGCUGGUUGCCAACAUCUUUAUGAGGUCUCGGCUUCGACCGAGACGUGCCGGCUCGCUUGUCGAAUUGUCGGCUUUCAAGGAGAAGCCAUAUCUCUUGUUCACGAUUGGCAUGUUCUUUAACUUCUGGGGUGUCUACUUUGCCUUUUACUAG